UUGAGGUUAUGUAAAGUACCUGUAGAGAUUUUGAAAAUUUUAUAUACUAUCUAUUUUUUUCCAAAAUGUUGGACGGCGUGAAACACAUUAUUUUGGUUCUCUCUGGUAAAGGAGGGGUUGGAAAAUCUACCGUUAGCACACAGUUAGCAUUAACUUUAAAAGAAAGAGGCUACAAAGUCGGUUUAUUAGACGUAGAUUUAUGUGGACCAAGUAUACCUUAUCUGUUGCAACUGGAAGGCAAAGAUGUACAUCAGGCCGAUGGAGGAUGGGUUCCUGUUUACGCCGGAGAUGAUCAAAACUUGGCAGUCAUGUCUAUCGGAUUUCUGUUAAACAAUAGAAAUAGCGCUGUGGUUUGGAGGGGUCCGAAAAAAACGGCAAUGGUUAAACAGUUUCUUACAGAUGUAUGCUGGGGAGACUUGGACUAUUUGAUAAUAGAUACACCACCAGGGACGUCAGAUGAGCACAUAACAGUAAUGGAGAAUUUAAAAACGGUAAAAUGUGACGGUGCAGUAAUAGUAACAACUCCACAACAAGUAUCGAUAGAGGAUGUCAGGAAGGAAAUAACUUUUUGCAGAAAGACGGGAAUUCAUAUCUUAGGAUUGAUUGAAAAUAUGAGCGGGUUUGUUUGCCCUCAUUGUACGGAGUGUACGAAUAUCUUCAGUAAAGGAGGCGGCGAGUCUUUGGCGGAGUUGGCAAAAAUACCUUUAUUAGGAUCACUUCCGAUUGAUCCCAGGGUUGGACAGCUGCUGGAGAAAACGUGCGUUAAAGAAAUUCCUGACUCUCCCUCUGCGAAAGCAUUCAACGGUAUUGUAGAUAAAUUAAUUAUUACUUAAGAUGCAAAUUAAUUAUUAUGGAAUCUUUAUAUUUUUAUUGAUAUCAGUUGUGUAUAUAUAAUACAUAUACCUAUUUUA